AUGAAAUACUCAACUUUAGUUCAGAUCGCUUUUAUCAUUUCAUCAGUAUUGGCUCAAGAUGAUGUCACUGUAGUUACUCAAGGAUAUACCGUCACUACAGUUGUCCCUGGUCCAUCUCCAGGAGCAGGUGAAGGUCAACCAGGAGCUAAUGGUCAACAAGCAGGACAACCAGGUGCUGGACAACCAGGUGCAGGUAAUGGCCAACCAGGUGCUGGUGAACCUGGUGUCGGAGCAGGUCAGCCGGGUACUGGUGAAGGACAACCUGGCGAAGCGGGGCAACCAGGUGCUGGGGAAGGUCAACCUGUAGGUGAAGGACAACCACCAGGAGUUGUUCCUGUACCAGUAGGUGCUCCAGGAGCUGGUAAUGGAGGAACAGUUGGUGCUCCAACAAAUGGUGAAGGAGGUGGUGCUACUCCAGCUAAUGGAGCAGGUCCUGGUGAAACACCUUUUGCAAAUGGAGCAGGAGGUGCAAACCAAACUGAACCAGGAAAUGGUGCUGCUGGAAAUGAAACAACUCUUGCUCCAGGAAAUGCUACUGCUGCUCCUGAAAAUACCACCAGUCCUAUUGAAACAACUACAUUACCACCUAAUACAACUACUGUUUAUGCAAACACCACAACUGCCCAAAAUGAAACGGGCACAGGAACUGGAACUCAGACAGGUACAGGUACACAAACAGGAACAGGAACAGGUACAAGAACUGGAACUCAAACAAGAACAGGUACUCAAACUGCUGGUCCUACUCUUACUGAAACUGCUACUGCUACUGCUCAAGCUGUUUCAUUAGUUGCUGGUGGUGUUAUGGCUUAUAUUUUUGCAUUGGCCUUCUUAUAA